UCUUCCUCUCUAGAUGGUGAACUGUAUGCAGGAACCUCAGUAGAUUUCAUGGGGGCCAACGCUGCGAUCUUCCGGACUCCGGUGCAGGGCAGCAGUCAGCAUUACAUCCGGACUGAAGCGUACGAACACAACUGGCUCAACGAGCCCGACUUCGUGGGCUCCUUCUCCAUCCCCGACACUCACAGUCCGGACGACGACAAGCUCUACUUCUUCUUCAGGGAGCGGGCGGCGGAGGCCGGACACACGGACAAGAGGGUUUACAGCCGGGUGGCUCGAGUCUGCAAGAAUGACGUCGGAGGGAAGAGGAGUCUGAUCAACCGCUGGACCACCUUCCUCAAAGCCAGACUGGUCUGUUCCGUCCCCGGUCCGUCUGGAGUCGACACACAGUUCGAUGAGCUCGAGGACAUCUUUGUUCUGGAGACGAAGGACCCUCAAAACCCGACCGUCUACGGCGUCUUCAGUACGUCCAGCUCUAUAUUUCCAGGUUCGGCGGUGUGCGUGUACUCGAUGGCGUCCAUCCGAGCUGCUUUCAACGGGCCGUUUGCCCACAAAGAAGGUCCCGACUACCGCUGGGUGGAGUACAAAGGCCGCAUCCCCUACCCGAGACCCGGCACCUGUCCCAGCGAGACGUACGACGCUCUCCACAAGUCCACCAAGGACUUCCCAGACGAGGUGGUGAGCUUCAUGCGGCAGCACCAGCUGAUGUGGGAGCCCGUCCUGCCUCUGGGCGGCCGACCCAUCCUGACCCGGGUCAACGCGCCCUACAUGCUGAAGAGGGUGGUGGUGGACAGGGUGGACGCCGAGGACGGACCUUACGACGUCUUACACCUGGGCACAGGUGACGGGGGG